AUGGCAAAAAUCCCGCUUGAGAUCAAGUCCAACAUAUUUUCAAGACUUCCUGUGAAGAUUAUAGGCAAAUGCAGGUGCGUAUCCAAAGAUUGGUUGGGCAUAUUAACUGAUCCCUAUUUCUUACAGCUACACCUUGAGCGAGCUCAGAAAGAUCGUCAGUUGCUGUUUCUUGAUCAAUCCGCUGAUCAUGAUGACGAGGAAGACAAUCGGAGACAAGUUGCUCGCUUCUUCACCACAAACAUGGAGGGCGUAAUGCAAUUCAGAGCUCGUGGACUUGUCGUUGGCUACAUGUACAUGAUACCAUCGGGCCAUGGCUUGGUGUGUCUCGUUAACAGAGGGAUUUUCUGUGCCUUCAAUCCCAGCAUGAAGAAGAUUGCAAGACUCCCCAGGGCGCAACCUUCCACUUGCGGUGGAGUCGAUGCAGGAUUUGGCUACAUUCAAUCAACGAAUGAAUACAAGCUAGUUCAUCUCUAUAACAUUAAAAAUGAAGAACCGUUGGAGUACACCAUCAAAUGUGAGAUCAUGACUUUAUCAGAUGGCGGCGUAGUGAGUUCUAACUCAUGGAAACAACUCGAGAAUGAAUGCCCUGUCAUGGUUUCUGGUUGGGGCGUUUUAGUGGACAAGAAGUUUUACUGGAUGGCGUGGGAAGGAUGCAACCCCACAGAGUAUCAAUUAAUCUUGUCCCUAGAUUUGGAAACGGAAACGUUCGGUUUCAUUCCUCAUCCACAUGCGACUUCUUACGUGGAAGGAAACGACAUGUUUUUGGUGGAACUUCAAGGGCAGCUGUGUUUGGUGGACACUUUUGCCUAUCCUCCGGUCACAAAUGUGUGGAUUCUGAAAGAUCCAGUGAAGAAGAUAUGGGAGAAGGAGUACACCAUUGAUUUGACUAAGUUGGAAGGAUUUGAUGAUGAACUGACACAAAUCUUUAUUCUUGGCUAUAUGAAUGGAGAGCUUAUUAUCAAUUCUCAGCAAGAAAGGCUGGAUUUCUACAACAUUGGAAGUCGAUUCUUUAGGAGAGGUCCGAAUCUGAAUUUACGAAGGGAUACUGGGAUCUGCAUUUACACAGAGACCUUCUUCUCAUUGAAGGACUAG